AUGCCCGAGCACGACGCGGCCGUCGACGGCGCGCGCGCCGAGGCCGCGGCCCUGGGGCGAUGCUACGCGAUCUUCGCCGCGUGGACGGGCCUGGCCUUCCACGCGUGCUUCGUCGGCGUCAUGGCGCGCGGCGCCGCGCUCGUCGAGCUCGGCGACCUCUCCGCCGGCGACCUCUCGAGCUUUUUGAUGUACGCCGUGGGCCUGGGCUUCGCCGUCGCGGGCGGCAUGGCGUCCUACGCGGAGCUCGCGCGGUGCGCGGGCGCCGUCGAGCGCGUCCUCGAGAUCUCCGAUCGAUCGCCCGCGAUGCGCGGCGGCAACGCGCGCGCGCCGAGCGCCGCGGGCGCGACCGUGUCCUUCCGCGACGUCGACUUCGCCUACCCGGCGCGGAGGGACGCGCCAUUGCUCGCGGCGUGGUCCGCGGACGUCGCGGCCGGCGAGCGCGUCGCGCUCGUCGCUCCGAGCGGCCGCGGCAAGACGACGGUCUUCCGCCUGUUGUCGCGGCUCUACGACGUCGACAAGGGCGAGGUGGCGGUCGGCGGCGUCGGCGUCGCCGCGUACGCGCUCGACGAGCUCCGCGGGAGCGUGGUCGGCGUCUUGCAGCAGGAACCGUUUGUGUUCAGCGGCUCGUUGCUGGAAAACGUCGCCUGCGGCGGCGAUUGCGACGCGGCGCGGGCCGAGGCGGCGCUCCGAAGCGCGGGCCUCGGCGGCCUCCUCGAGAAGGUCGGCGGCGUCGGCGCGCCCGUCGGCGAGAGCGGCGUCGCGCUCUCCGGCGGCGAGCGCCAGCGCCUCGCGCUCGCGCGCGCGCUCCUGAGGCCGACGCCCGUGCUGCUCGUCGACGAGUUCACCUCGGGCCUCGACGAGGCCACGGAGCGCGAGGUCAUCCGAAACCUGCUGCCCCACCUCGAGAAUCGCACGGUCAUCGCCAUCGCCCACGACCCCAGGGUCCACGCGCUCCUGGGCGUCACGCGCGUCAUCGCCUUAUGA